UUCUCAUUCCAUUAAAUAAGAACUGCUUCCUUCAAUUGUUUUCCCAGCAAGAUUUCUGCACUCGCAUCUUGAAAUCCAAAUUCAAGAUUUUAAAGAAAUUUCUGAGCUCACUCACUAUUAUGGCUUGGUCUGCUGUGACAUCUGCAGUGAUAAAUAUUGGCAAGCUGCUAACUGAGGAAGCCAUAUACCUAUGGGGUGUGGAGGAGGAAGUUGAUCGUCUGCAAACAGAGCUCAAAUGGAUGCAAAGAUACUUAACGGACGCAGAGACAAAACAAUCAAAGGAAGAGAUGAUUCGUCUUUGGGUUGCUGAAAUCAGAGAGCUUGCUUAUGAUGCUGAGGAUGUUGUCGAGGAAUUUGCUCUCAAGAUUGGAUCCGAAAACAAAGGAUGUCUUCCGAGUUGUAUUAAAACAUCAGCCUGCUGUUUGAAAGAGGGAUGGGCACUCCACAAAACCAGGUCAAAAAUCGAGAAAAUCAUAGAAAGAAUCAACGACUUGGUCCGACGACUACAGGCCUACGGAGUAAAGGAAUUAAAGGACAGAGAAGAAGAAUCAAGUUCUUCAACUGAAAGACGAGAAUCAAGGCGGCCUUAUCCACAUAUUAUGGAUGAUAAUAUUGUUGGACUAGUUGAUGAUACCGAGGGAUUGGUCAAAGUUCUUACGAACGAAAGUCGAUGCCAGGUUGUUACAAUAUGGGGCAUGGGUGGUCUGGGAAAGACCACUCUCGCCAAGAAAAUAUAUCACGAUCCUCAGGUUAGAAAUUAUUUCGAGCACUUCGCUUUUGUAUACGUUUCUCAACCAUGCCAGAAAAGAAAAGUUUGGGAAGACAUUCUAUCUGGUUUCAAAACUUUAAAGGACGAGGAUAGGAAGAAAAGAGAUGAAGACUUAGCAGAGAAGUUGUGUAACAUUUUGGAGGUUAAAGAGUGUCUGGUGAUACUUGAUGAUGUUUGGACCAGAGAAGCUUGGGAUAGUCUAAAACCUGCCUUUCCAGUUGCAACGGGCCGUCAUCGCAAAAGCAAGAUAUUGCUCACCUCUAGAAACAGGGGGAUAGUUUCGGAUGCUGAGAUAAGAGAGUUGAAGUGCCUAAACGAUCAACAAAGUUGGGAAUUGCUUCAAAAGAUUGUAUCUCCUAAAACAGGAAAUAUAAUCGAUGUGAAAAUGAUAGAGUUGGGAAAGAACAUGGUUAAACAUUGUGCAGGGUUGCCAUUAGCCAUUGUUGUAUUGGGAGGAAUUUUGGCUACAAAGAAAAAUUCGUUAAUCGAAUGGCAAAAGAUAUCUGACAAUGUAAAAUCAUACUUGAAGAGAGGCAAAAAUCAAGGACCAGAGGAUGUGUUAGCAUUAAGUUAUGAUGAUUUGCCUCCCUAUCUAAGACCAUGUUUCCUCUAUCUAAGCCAUUUUCCGGAGGAUUAUAUGAUAGAUGUGGAUAGAUUGAUUCAAUUAUGGGUUGCUGAAGGUAUUGUGUCAUCAAAGGAAGAAGAAAGAGACGGCGGGGAAAUUGCGGAAGAUGUGGCGGAAUCUUAUUUAAUGGAGCUUGUGGAAAGGUGCAUGAUUCAAGUACGAGAAAGAAAUGUGGCAGCCUCAGAGAUCAGAGCGACCUUAAAGGUCAAAACGAUUCAGAUGCAUGAUCUGAUAAGAGAUCUUUGCUUAUCAAAGGCAAAACAAGAGAAAUUUGUCUUCAUUGUUGAUGGAUCGAAUGCAUCUUCAUUAUCUAUGAUUCGGAAGGUUCGUAGGGUUUCUGUGCAUGAGUCUUUUUUCAUACAAUGCAUUAAAAGUCCAAAUAUUCGGUCACUUUUGUUCUUCAAUCAGUUCUUUCCGGAGGAGGCAUUAGAAAAAUCUUUUCCCUUGGAAGUGUUGAACUACGUUAAAAAACAUUGUGACGAUUGUUGUAAUCCACUAUUUUGGAUUCUUCUGAUUUCGGUAGGUUCUACAAGACGUCUUAAAAUUCGGGAAUUUUGGAGAUACAUGUUCAACAACUUCAAAUUGCUGAGAGUCCUAAACUAUGACAAAGGAAGAACGUCAUAUGGUUUUUGGACCGGGUGGGAUUUACCCAGUGAUAUAGGGAAUCUCAUCCAUUUAAGAUUCUUGAGUCUAAAGGAUCUUGUGUUCUUAUGGCCAAAGUUGCAAUCAUCUCUAGGCAACUUAAGGUGCUUGCAAACCUUGGAUUUAAGAGUUAAUUUUCCCGAAAUUCAUGUACCUAAUGUGAUAUGGAGGAUGGAGCAACUAAGACAUUUAUAUCUCCCUUUCGACUGUGAAAGCAGUACUAAGUUGAACUUGGGUACUUUGAGAAAACUCCUAACACUUGUGAACUUCAACACCAAGAAUUGUUAUCUGAAGGAUCUUAUCAACAUGACAAAUCUUAGAGAGUUGGAGAUAAAUUUGCCCUUCAAUAUUGAAAAUUUCAAUGAGUCAGGCGAGAAUCCACCCAUAAUCGGUGGUAAAUAUCUUCAUUCCCUGUUUAUUAUUGCCAUUGGGGAAUCCGGCUCAGAAAUAGAUCCAAGACAUUUGGCCCACCUCCUUUCAAAUUGUACAAGUAUUUGCCAGUUGAGUAUAGCAGCAGAGAUAAGUAAGUUACCAGAGUAUCAAUACUUCUCUUCACAUCUCGCUUACAUACGGUUGAGUUGGUGCAAGUUUGAGGAAGAUCCAAUGCCAACACUAGAGAAGCUGCCUAACUUAAGGAUUCUUGAAUUCAAAUAUACUUUAGAAGGAAAGGAAAUGUUUUGCUCUGCUCAGGGUUUUCCUAAACUUGAGUCUCUAAUCCUUGAACAGCUCGGCAAAUUGGAGGAGUGGAAGGUGGAUGAAGGAGCCAUGCCUUCUCUUCAGCGAUUGGAGAUUAGGGAAUGCGGAAACUUGAAGAUGCUUCCAGAGGGAUUGAGGUUUAUUACAACCCUCAAAGAACUGAAGAUUGAAUCAAUGCCAAAGGCAUUCAAAGAUAGAUUGGAGGAAGGAGGAGAAGAUUUCUACGAAGUCAAACAUGUUCCUUCUAUCAUAUUCCAAAACAUCUUGCGCUAAGAAAUUGAAUGAUAAUUGAGAGGUAAAGACGCCAUUUUUUCACCUGCACUGCUAUUCACGGGAUCAAAUCUAGAUUUAAAACUCCUAUUAUAAGUGGCGUGUGAAAGUGUGUUAUAUGGUGAGAUUUGGAAUUAUCUUCUCUCUUGUAUAUAUCUAUGGUUGAUGACAUCAGACUGGUUGACUGUUUGUUGUUUUCUUCAAAUUACAAUAAAACGGUUGCAAGAUAAGGUAUGGGAAGAAUGGGAGGUGUCUGGUUUAGCAAGGUACCAAACCCCUCCGCCAUUUCAAUUUCCUUCAAUCUAAGUUAAUUACACAUUCAUUUUUGUCUUUUAAAACGUAAAAUUGCAGAUAAGGAGACGUCAUUGACCUUUGUUCCGACAUAGCUUUGGUUUGCGGUGACUGUUCCUAUAUUUAUUUGUUGGCUUUGCUUUCUCUUUCCUUUUUCUUUUCCCUACUUAAGGCUGCUUUAGUCUUUCUCUUUUAUUUUUUUAUAUGUACUUAAUGUAAUAUUAGAAGCCAAGGCAGGACCAUGCUUUUCUAUUGUAAAAUUCUUCACUUCGUUGUCUAUGUUCAUUUCUACUCUUCAGUUUACUUUAUAUAAUUGUUUGAUAUA